GCCCACGAGUGUUACUGAGGCAUAAACCCCCUGUUCCUCUUGUUUCCUCCCCGUCGGCCUCCGGCGCAGUUGGUUGCCACGACGAGGGGCGGACCCACCCAUCGGACGAGGUCCGGCGCCGGACAUUCCAGCCGGUGGUGAGCCGACGGCGGCAAGGCGUGGGAGCUCGCGGCGACGUACAAGGCUGGGUGAGAGUGCGCUUGAGUCAGGGUGCUUGAGGUGGACGGCCAACUCCGACAGCGGGCCCCUCUGCCGACGACGCCACCGUCUCUGAUCUAUUUCACCGGCAACCGCUGGAGCUGGAAGUUGGUCAGCAUUAGCUGCUUCAGGCUUCUGGCCGGUGUGAAAAGUUGCUAGGUCACCAUGGAUGUCGAUCGACAAGAAACGAUGGAAGAGACUAUUCUCGUCGGUGAUGAUCUUAUGCGUGGGCCACCUUCCCCUGUCGUACCGAAAGAGAUUGCAUCCCAUGUCCUUGAAGGUGUUGAGCUUUGUGAUGGUAUCCUGAAGAAUCUUUUCCUAUGCUUGCAAAUCAAUGAUAUUGAGCCAUUUUGUCAAGACGAAAUUGUACUAUACAAACAAUGCGCUGAGAAAAGGGAUAAGGAAAUAAGGGAACGACUGCAGGAUAGUGAAUAUAAAUUGGGUUUCUCGAUGCCCCUCGAAGAUGCAAAGGAAAGAGUCACUCAACUCCAAUCAGAACUCACACUGCUCGAAAGGCGCAUGAUUCUUGCUAGUGGUCUUCCGGGUAUGGAAGGAUUUCGCCAACGAUGGAGCUUGCAUGGACAGCUCGGCGAUACAAGGAAAAGGUUGGAGGCGCUGAACAGUGGGAUGGCAAAAAGAGAGAGCCCAAGUCCUCCAGGCGAAGGCACAACACCUGCAGUUAAGAAGAGGUGGUUCUUUUAGUGCGUUAGCGCAUUUUUUUCCGACUUGCAAAACAUUGUAACUAAUGCUGUGUUAAUGGCAAUGUCAUCCACUCAUUUCUUGGUUUGGUGUUUCUACUUCCAAAGCAACUACUGUGCUGUGUUUGCUAACAGUGGUUCGCCACAGCUGUACUUUUGAUUAAAAAUAUGGAAAUACUUGGCCUGUUGUAAACCUUGAACUUACCAUUUGAAUUACCAUCGAAAUGAUGAUACGCAA